UUGAAAUUCUCCCAAUUCAUAUCGAUAAUUGCAAAUCCACACAUGGAUACACAUGGGAAGAAAUAAGCAUUUGACUCCAGAGCAAGUGAACAAAGCAAUCACACUUACUAAAGAUGCAAAGUGGAAGCCUGGAAAAGUUGCAGAACAUUUGGGAGUUUCUAGAACAGCCAUUCGCAAUCUUGUCAAAAGAACCAAUGAUCCGAACUCUGUAAAACGAAAUAAGCCGAUCGGUACUCGGCGUGGUAUAGAUAAAGUUCAUCACCAACGGAUCCUGGAGAUUGUAAAAGAGCAGCAAUACAAAAAUCAGUUUGAACUCACAGACAUGUUAAAUGAAGAAUUUGGUCUUACUGCUUCUCGUACCACAUAUAUCCGUUUGAUACAUGAGUUGACCAUGAACCAGAAUUCCAAGUCAAAAUCAACCAAGCAGCGACAUCUGCUGAACGAAAAUCUAUCUCGGAGAGAAGAAUUUACCGCAGAAAUCGCUGAUGUUGGUCUUAAUAUCGACAAUGCAGAGGUUUUCUUGAAGCGUGCGAGCGAUGCAAAUGACCCUCUCAUGUCUGCUGAUUUUGAGUACUGGGACGCUGUAUUUACCUCAUUGCAAAGAAAAGGUGCAAGUAAAAUGACCGAUUUUGAGCUUGUUCAGACAUUUAGAACAUAUGCUGAAGACCGCUGUCAAAAGUUUCAUGCUCGUGGAAUUGCAUACGCACUAAUAAGAGAAGGAAAUAUCAUCUUCGAAGGAGGCUUCGGGAAAGCAAAUGAUACUAUGACAAAAGUUUCGGAAACCACGCAAUGGCCAAUAGGAGAGUUUACGCAUUCAUUUAUUGCUGUUUUAGCGGCACAGUUAGCAGAGAGCGGACAACUUGGAUGGAACGAGCCAAUUUCUACAUAUAUACCAGAAUUUUCACUGUCUGAUGAAGUUGCUUCGAAGUAUACAACCAUAAUAGAUCUUUUGGCGAAUAGAACGGGAAUACCUUAUAACGAACUAGCCGUAGCCGACAUAUACCCACAUGGUCAAUCAGUUACUCAAGAUUGGCUACACAAGCAGGUUCCCGCUUUGAUUAUGGAAAGACUCAAACAUAUAGCCGCGGUUGAAUCAUUUAGGUCAACCUCGGUUCCCAACGAACUUACAUACCUUGUAGCCAUUCGUGUUUUGGAAGCCAUUGCAUUCAAGAGUUGGAAGGAUCAACUUCAAGAAAAUAUUUUAACACCGUUGGGACUGAAGAAUACUGGAGUUUACUCCAAGACAAGAUAUCGGGACAAGAAAUUUUACGCAACAGGAUAUACAUAUGACGACUAUGGGACUCAAUCGAUAGACACUCCAAUUCCGAUGUUUGAAACUUUGUACAGCCAAUAUACCGCGGCUAAAGGAAUGUUUUCCACCGUGCACGACAUGGCUGAGUGGAUAAGAAGUCUAAUGCAUGGCCCAGAGACUCUAGAGCGUGUGCCACCAGUUUCUCGCGAUACCCUUUCAAACUAUAUUUUUGCAGGACAUAGUAUUUCGUCCUCAUCGAGUCAGCCACAUUUCGGCACAGCAUUGCAUGGUCUUGGAUGGACUAUCAGCACAUUCAGAGACGGGCAAGUAUGUAGUCAUUUUAGCGAAAUUUCCGGGAUAACAACGUCUUGCAUUAUGGCUCCAGCUCAAGGUUGCGGAGUCAUUCUUUUCACCAAUCAACAAGACUCUCCGCUAUGCAAUAUCCUCCCCUGGUGUGCUAUGGAUCUCUUACUGGAUAAGCGACCAAAAAAUUUUCUUUCAGCUUUUCAGAAGUGGAAAACACAUCGCUUCGAAACACAAGUGGCAGAGGAACGUACCAGGAUCGCUUUAGCGAGUGCCAAUGGUCACAAUGAGGAAUUUGCGCAUAACUUUAUGGGAUUAUUUCACAACAAGCAUUUCGGCGUGGCCCGUGUUGAGAAUCAAACGACUCAGAAUGGAACACCCGCUCUGUUACGUAUGAAGUUAGGACUACUGGAUGGGAAACUUCAUCCAAAUCAAAUAGUUGGGUAUGUGUGGGAUCUCGACGAGGUCUCUAGUAAGGUCAUUGGUCGGAAGUUACCAUAUGUAUAUUCGGUGCGAUUACUUCAAGAUCAGAUUGAUACAAAAAAUAGUCUGCAAUGCCUAUCCCUCACUCGGCUGAGGCCCGAUUCCUUAGAACCUGUGGAUAAGCCUAUUUAUUUUGAACGACAGUAACACUGCUUUUCAGAUAUCAAUAUAGAGUAUUCUCAUAAACAUAAACAUAAACAUAAACAUAAGCAUCUG